AUGGUGGAUGAAGACAAUAUCUCUGCAAGGAGUCACAAAUCUAUGCAUGGCACCGCAGAGGAGAAGGGCAACGUGUCGAGGAGGCUUGAGGGGAAGUGGUCGUUUUCAAAGUCCGGCAAUGAUCGGGUUGAUGUUGACCAUGUGACAACAAGGAAGAUGCAACUCCUGGAGGAGACAGAGCAUCUGAAGCCGACUUUCAUGAAGGGGAUCAACAGUCAUUUUACGGAAUUUGUAGAUGGCUCGGUUUCAAAGUCAGCGCAGGUGGAGUCACCGCCACCUGCCUUCCCGACCACACGUUCAGAGAAAUAUGGCUACAAAACCAAAGGCUUGAGAGCAGCCCCAGAACACGGGAAAGUCUUUGUUGUUCGGAAAUCUCUCUUGGAUGAGCUAUUCGAAGUGGACCACAUCCAAGCCAUCUACCACAUAUUUGUUGUCUUCCUCAUUCUCUUCUUUCUUAGCUCCCUUGUGGUAGACUCUAUUGAUGAAGGAAGGUUGGUGCUUAAGUUUGAUCUCAUGGUCUACACUUUUGGCAAGCCUUCUGUUGUUGCUCCGACCUGUGUGUACAUGAUCUUAUCCACGCUGGCCGUGCCCUACGGCCUCUUCUGCCAGUGGGCCCAAAGCUACCAUAAUUCCUCCCACAAGACAGUCCACUCCGUCUUCUUUGGGACGCUCUUCAUGCUCUUCCAGAUAGUUGGACUUGGAUUGGGACCAACGUACGUUACGCUGGCCUAUGAUCUUCCACCAGCCUCUCGGUUCAUAGUCAUCAUGGAGCAGGUCCGUCUGGUUAUGAAAGGUCACUCUUUUAUCAGAGAGAACGUCCCCCGGAUACUGUCCUCUAGUCCGCCGAAGACAAACUCUGUUCAGCUUCCUCGACUUUCUCAAUAUUUGUAUUUCCUCUUUGCUCCCACCCUGAUCUACAGAGAUGAGUAUCCCAGGACUCCCACAAGACGAUGGAGCUAUGUAGCUACCAUGUUUGCACAGGUAACUGGUUCAGUCUUCUUCAUGAAUUACAUCUUCACGCGACUCUGCAACCCUAUAUUUCGGAACUAUAUUUGGGAACCCUUCAACGUGAGAGGGCUGGUUCUUUGCAUCUUUAACUCCAUUCUUCCAAGUACUCUAAUCAUGUUCAUACUGUUCUUUUUAUUCCUGCACUGCUGGCAUAAUGCCUUUGCUGAGAUGAUGCGCUUUGGUGACCGAAUGUUUUAUCAGGACUGGUGGAAUUCUACAUCUUAUGCCAGCUAUUACCGAACCUGGAAUGUGGUAGUGCAUGACUGGCUGUAUUACUAUGCAUACAGAGACUUCCGUUGGUUCUUUGGAGAAAAGUUCAAGUCUGCUGCUCUGCUGUUCGUGUUCGCGGUUUCUGCUGCUGUACAUGAAUACAUCCUGUCUGUCUGUUUUGGUUUCUUCUAUCCUGCCAUGUUCUGCCUCUACAUGGGCUUCGGAAUGGUUUUCAACUUCAUAAUCAAUGACCGACGGAAAGGUCCCAUUUGGAAUGUGAUCAUGUGGCUUUCUCUAUUGUUCGGCCAAGGCCUCCUUCUUUGUCUUUAUAGUACUGAAUGGUACACCCGUCAGUAUUGCCCCUUGGAAAAUCCCACUUUCCUGGACUAUCUGAAACCACGUUCCUGGAGUUGCCACGAAAAACAUUUGAAGUUUCCAGGCUGA